AGGUCUUGCGGAAGCACCUGGGCAUCGCCGAGAGCCAAAGCUGCCGCAGCUGCCUGCGCCGCGCCCGGUGUCGAUACUUCAAGUUGCCCCCAGAGCCGGAGAUGCAGCUGGGCGUCCGGCAUAUCGGUCGCGUGCUCCUGGGCAUGGCGCAAUAUGCCCGAGCCCAUUUGCAGUUCCCAGACGCCUAUCCGUGGUACUUCAGUGACGCCAACUUGGCCUCGGCGCGGCAUCUCAUGCAAGCCAUCGAGGAGCACACAACGAAGACGGAGGGGGUGCCCUUCUUUUACUCGGACGUGGAAUUGGCGGACGAGGGCACCGCGCGGGAGGUCUUGCUGCGUGAGGCCCAGCGGAAGGAGGAGAAGCGAAUGGGAGAGCUGGAAGAGAGACUCCUCUCCCUGCCGCAGUGGAUGCGCGAGACCUUGCAACCGAUCCCAGGUCCAGGCAUGACGGCACGCCAGCGCAGCAUUCUGUCGGAGAAGGGCAUCAAAGAGGUGGAUGCAGAGGAUGCCUACCUGGAUGAGGAGAAGCCUGAGAAGGACUGGAUCGAAGAGGGUGCGCAGCUGGGUGAGCUGCACGGCUCGCCUCUCUUCGACCCUUUGCCAGAUGCCGAUGCCUCGCAUGCCUCGGGGAAGUCUUCCUCUCUUCGACCGCUGGUGGAGGUGGAGAGUGUGCAGGAGAAGCCGAUGGUGAAGAGAUUCGUCCAUUUGCCGGGAGGGCCGAAGGAGAAGCCCGUGAGCAUCGUGGACGCCAGGACAGGUGUGCCUGCCUCGGGGCUUUGGGUGGGUGACGAGGGGCAUCGCAUCGACUUGGAUGACAUUGAGGUGGAUCAAGAGGAGAUGAGGAAGUGGGAGGAGAUCAAGCCCAACGCUCCCAAUUUGGAGGGCAAGAUGGACUCCCUCGGGGUGAAGCUCAAAGGCGGCUACACCUUGUCGGAGCUGGUCGUCUCCUCACCCGGAGAAGCCAAGCAUUUAGUCUCCAUCUCUCCGUGCGGAUUGGAAGGAGUUCAUUACUACAGCUGCGGCGUGAGCCCCAAGAUCGUGCACUCCGAGUCCUUCGAGGAGGUCUGGAAGAAAGGUCAGCUGCGCAACAAGAAGGAUGAGUUGCCCUUUUUGCGACGGAUUUUCUUUGACACCCGCCAGCCUCACGAGUCGGGCCGCGCCGUUCCACCGCCCAAGCUGGACGAGGAUUUGGAGCUGGAGGCGGUCGAGGAGACGGAGGUAUCGGAGGUGUUUGACACGGAUGCGCACCUGGCCUCCGAGGCCGUCGCGCUGCGCCGCGCCGAAGCGGCCGCACUGGCGGAGCCGGAGCCGGCGUCGGCACCAAGGCUGGUGCCAUCGCAUCGCUCGAAGACUCGUGGCAUCGGAGUCUUCGAUCCCCACCUGGACCUGCGCGAGGCCGGCGACCCCGAGCGCCUGGAGCGCCACCACGCGCUCCCCGAGGAGUCCAGCGGCAUCUAUUUCCGCAGCUCCAGGCCGUUACCCCAGGACGAGGACUUUGUGAGCACCUUCCGGAGGCCCUUGAAGGCCGAGGCAUCCUCCAAGGAUCCUUUGGGUGCGGCGGCGCCCCAGAUUGAUGUGGCAGCACUGAAGGCGAUGAGCGAGGAAACGGUCUCAUCCGAGCUGCCGGAGUUGGGAGAGAUCGUCUUUCCCUCGCUGCCGGGAGCAGGCGCACCGCCCGCUCUGCGAUCCCGUGCGAGCCCGAGCGGGACUCGGCCAGCGCAGCGGGUGAGACAGCUGCCGUUGGGCACUGCAAAGCAGGCUCGCCUGAAAGACGAUCUGUCGGACCUCUUGAAGCCUGGAGCUCCAAGCUCAGCUGCCGGUGCUCUGCGACAGCGCCUGGGCAUGGUCACUGAGAAGGAAAACCCGGAGAACCCCUGGCAGGACCUCCAACGACCCAACUUGAAGGCCUCGGAGCUGCAGGAGCACCGGAACUCGGCCAUGGCGGCGCAACGGAUGCUGUACAAGAGCUUGAAGCAGGGCAACCAGAAGUGGCGGCCAAAAAGGGCCAAGUGCGUUCUUCCUGUUUGAUGUUCACAUAGGGAUCCACAGGGUAUGGCUUUGUGAUGCCCGGAG